AAGGACACAGUGUGUUGAACCGAUUGCUCUGGAAAAGUACUGCACACUGAGCAAAGCCUGCAGAGAGAAACAGUCAUGUGGAGCUGAGUUUAUUUAUUCCAAGUUGUGUCAAAUGAUGCAGGUUCCAGACUUCAAGAACAAACGCCUUUCUUUGGUCAGUGCUAUAAACAGAUUUCUCACAUCUGUCACCGUCAUGAGUGGAACUAUCAUGGUCCCAAGUUUACUCCGGGAUCUCCCAGUGGAAGAUGGAGAUAAUCACAUGAAAAGCAAUGUUUCUGAACAGAAAGACAUGUAUGAUAACUACCUGCUCCUGAAGUCUAUCAGAAAUCACAUUGAGUGGGGUAUUCAGGAUGAACAAGUAAAAUCUGAUCUAGAGUCCAUAAAAGCCAGAGAAGAAGGUGAUGAUUGUGGAGAACUUCAAAGACAAUUUCACCACCAUUUAGAUGGACUUUACAAUGUCCUCUCCAAGCUUACACAGCAAGCUAAUCGUGUAACCAACCGGUAUACAAAGGAACUGGAAAUUUAUGACUUGGGGAGAUAAAAGGUAUACUUUACUGGUUAUAGAUAACAUGGAAUGAAAAUUGAAAUUGCUGUCUUAGUGUCUUUAAUCUGACUUUGUGAUUCCUGCUCAUUAUUUAAAUCAAUUAACUCUCAGUGUUUACAGUUUAGAAACCCUGUUACUUACCUUUCCUACAAAAUGAUUUAAGACCAAAACUAUACUUUUUGUGAACUUUGAUUUAAAGGCACAACUUGGACUAUAAGGUGUGUUUCCUGUGAUAGAACAGGAUGUUAUUUUUGUUUUAAGUGAUAAGCUUAACGAUUUACUAAAUAUCUUGUAAUAGUAGGAUUCAUUGCCAAUAAAGCAACUUCUGUGUAUUAUCAACAUAUGAUGCAAUAAUGUCUGGCAAACUAAUAAGCCACUAUCCUCCAGUUACAUUCCACAUUGCAACUUCUGUUUGCGCUGGCAAUUGUACAGGUAUUUUUCCAUUGAUUAGCAAAAGCAAGCUUAAAUAAGGUCACAGCAAUUCAGGCAGCAUCCGACGAGCAGCAAAAUCGACGUUUCGGGCAAAAGCCCUUCAUCAGGAAUAAAG